UAAAUCAAGUGUAAAAUAUAUUUAAGCAUUGAAACACAGCUCAUUAUUUAACUUAAAACUAUUCGACUAGCUUACAUUUCAUAAGUUAUAAUUACGAUUAUUUUCGCGAUCAAUAUAUUAGCAUUAGAGUAAUUUUUCACAAUAUCAACAAUAUGUAAUCGCUUGAUAAAUCACCGUCAAUCCCAUCACCUAAGGGCAGGGAGUAAGGGAGAGUUGACUGUAGUUGAUUUCUAAUUAAAAAAGCGUUGAAUUCAGGACUCAGGUGUGCUGAUUUACGCCACUUUACGGUGUAUUUUUGUUCAGCAAAACAUGAAUGAGAGAAUCGAUGUGAGAUUAUUUCCACUUAAAAAAUUAAAACUCAGUUGCUUAUCAGUACCGAAGACUUCUCGGCGAACAAAAAUGCUAACGAAAGGAAUUACGCUUAUUCUGUUACUAGUUCUCGUACAUUCAUCUCAUGGAGAUUCUACGCCAAAUCGAAAAUUCUACAUUCCCAGCAUUCGAGCUAACUGGUUCAAGGCAAAUGAAUUCUGCAAUUCAUUGAAAAUGCGCCUGGUGGCCAUCCGAUCGCAGGAGGACAACGAUGCCGUCGCACGAUACGUCCGAACAACCUCCAAGUUUACCGAUAACUGCAGCUUCUGGAUUGGGGCGUCCGAUCUAGCGGACGAGGGAACCUUCGUAUGGGUGGCCACCGGUGAGGAAGUUACCUAUACGAACUGGCGCGAAAAUGAGCCCAACAACGAGGGAGGCAAUGAGGAUUGCAUUCAGUUGGCUUACAUUCCGGCGUUGAAUUACCACUGGAGCUGGAAUGAUAACACCUGCGCAGGACAGUCGCUGUAUUUCAUAUGCGAGAGUGUGGAAUGUGAUUGUGUGCAACCGUUUUGAGAUCCGCCUAGUUGUUCCAGAUACAGUUUGAUUGCUGAGUUCCGGCCCCAAAGAAAUGUAUUGCCAAAUG